AUGACUGUGGUCGUUGGUUUCGCGCCUUUCAUUGCGGGCUGGUCCUGUUGCUACUGGCUCGCUAUUGGCCCAACCAUUGAUGACGAUGAAGGAUGGGAUGCAGAGGCGCCGGGAAGACCUCCCUGGUGGGGAGGUUCCCGAGGUGAGUUGCCCCGAGCUGGAAGACUAAUUCUUCCGCCCCGGCUGCCAUGCCUACCAGUGGAGCCCCACAAGCCAACCAGGCCAACUUACACCCAUGAGCGUGUCCAGCGAGAUAUCCUGCUCCGCCUGCCUGUUGACUCAAGGCAUAGGUGA